AUGUUAAAACCAGCGUACGAGGUAAAUUACUUGUUAAAGUUGUCGUCAAUUCGGUUGAAAUUUAUAAUUAUUCUGGCAAGUCCAACUUAAAAUUAAGUUAUCUCGGUGUCCAAUGUUCUUGUUUUGAUGUUAGGUUAUUUGUUCUCAGCGGGGAAAUAGUGAGAAGAAAUGUAACCUACUGCUCAAGCGUAAUAUUAGUGCAUGAUUUUAAAAGCCCUUCGUAGCUCCGGUACAAGGUCGAACACGUGGCGGUUACUGAAAUACAAGUGAAACUCAGUGAAGACAUUCCAGUUAAAAGUAGCCCAGGAAAUCAUAUCUUGCUCUUCUGCUACACUAAAAUUAGUGGCCAGGAAAGGAAUUUGCAAAAACGACGGCGAAUUUGAUUCAUUUUUUUCUCGGUGUACAACGGCGAGAUUUUGCCUCAGUUAAUAUCACAAAAUGAGGCCAAUUCACUUUCCAAUAAAGCCAGGAUAGACCUCAGCUAUAGUGCUGCCUAUUACCGAAAGCCUCGAAGUUUGCAAAGGAUGUUACGUGAAUUUCUUUGUCAUUUAACUAACAGUUUUAUGCUGAUAACCGCCCAAUGACGAAAAAGUAUCAAUCCAUUUACUUAAACUGGACUGUUGAAGAUGGGAAAUGCGAUUGGGCCAUGGUUGACAAAGCGUUAAAAGAGCAAUCUCGAACAACUUCUUCGUAAACUGCUGCUUGGUUUUCGCUUUCCCCAAACGCUAUAAUUGAUUUUUUUAUUUUUUUAUUUUUUAUUUUUUAUUUUUUUUAUUUUUUGAAUACGAUUAGCGCUAGUCGUAUGGCCCCUAAGAUAUUACAACACGCAAUAACAUAUCUAUUAAAGCGUGUUUGCAGCAUAUAAUUACAAGCAGGAGGGCCCUCCUAAUUACAAGUUAUUAUUUACUUCUAUCGGAAAUUUUACGUGCGCCCAAAACGUGUUAUAUAUGCUGUACUUUGUUAGCUGUAUUCGUUCCUUGAAGAAGUCUCAGUAAUUACUCACGAAACUCGUGGGAAAUAAACGAAAAAGCUUGCAACUACAAGAAAUCUACCUUUUUGCUGCUCAUUAGUCUUAAAAAAAAAAAACAGUAAAAAAUUUGUUGAGGCUAUACAUCUUUCUUGCUUUAGAUGAGACUGGUGUUUAAAACAUUCGAACAAACCUUAGCUAAAAGAAUAAAAUGAAUUGAUGGGAUAAACUAUGCAUACAUGCAACCAAUAUAGUUUAAAAUGGCUUUAAACAGUUGCUAUUGAAAAUUAGACUAUUGACGAUUUGAUUCUGAUGCACUAAAAGAAAAUUAUUGAUCAGUUUUUUCAGAUGGUUUCCAUUAUUUUUGGCCGGAUUUCUCAUUUGCUCUAAAUCAAACAACCAAUUGCCUUGCUUGAUUCACACCUCAAAUGAUAUAACCACAUCACGAGCGAACUCUCGCGUGAAUACAUUGCGACAGAGCCUGUAUGGUUACUAUGAUGUUGAAGAAUUCAAUUUAUGAUGCUGAUUAGGAAUGGAUAAGAUUCGCGAAGAUCGUCACCAGAGCCAGACCUCACAUGAUAUGAUUACAUCAUGCGCGACCUCUCGCGUGAACUCCCGCGUAAAUAAAUUGCGACAGAGCCUGUAUAGUUACUAUGAUGUUGAAAACUGCAAUUUACGAUACUUAUUAGGAAUAAAAAAGUUCUUCACCAGAAACCUGACUCAGUUUGGUUAGGUUUAUGCAAACCUUUUUUGGGUCAGAGAGCUUUUCAAAGUUGCGAAUAAAUCGUGAAUUCGAAAAAUUAAGUGUCUCCUUAUUUUUUCUCCGGGUCCCUUUACGUAGCUCUUCGCACUUAGUUGAGGCCUUUUACUACUGUCACCUCAGCUUCCUAUGCUUUCGAUUUGCAGCUCUCGGAUCAGACCAUAUUUUUUUGGCGGAACUCCAGACUGGACCCUCAAACCAGUCUAUCAGACCACACCAGACCAAAUCCGACCUCAGAUCAGACAACAACAGACCAUCGUCAGACCUGACCACCAUAAAUCAGACCAUCAGAACAGGCCUCCACCGCCACGCCAGACAACCAAAUCAGAUCACCUCGCCAGACCACAGACCACCAUCCUUGACUAA